CGUUUUGUUUGAGGUUAAUUUUGCGAAACUCAAUUUAUUAUCGUAGGUUUAAUGUUAGUUUCAUAUUUUAUUGUUAAGAUUAUCUUCAGCAUUUAAUUUAGGUGUAAGAAUGAAUGUAUUCGAAAUUUUCAAGCGAUUUUAUACGCUUAUAAUUGCCUAAAUCUAGGCCAAAGUGAAAGUGAUAGCAAGAAGUAAAGCCUACUCGUCCUAUCUAGGCUUAGGCCAGUCUGUUUCCAGGUCCUUAAAACAUUGCAUAUUUCCAAUUAGUGUCCACAUAACUUGCCAUCAUGCCGAGGAUUAUGAUAAAAGGUGGUGUUUGGAGAAACACAGAGGAUGAAAUACUCAAGGCUGCUGUUAUGAAAUAUGGCAAAAAUCAGUGGUCGCGUAUCGCUUCCCUGCUACACAGAAAAUCAGCCAAGCAGUGCAAGGCCCGUUGGUUUGAGUGGCUUGACCCAAGUAUCAAGAAAACUGAGUGGAGUCGAGAAGAAGAUGAAAAAUUGUUGCAUUUAGCCAAACUGAUGCCCACACAAUGGCGCACCAUUGCACCAAUUAUUGGUAGAACUGCAGCUCAGUGUUUGGAACGCUAUGAGUAUUUACUAGAUCAAGCUCAGAAGAAGGAAGAAGGAGAAGAUGGUGCUGAUGAUCCUAGAAAACUUAAGCCUGGAGAAAUUGAUCCAAACCCAGAAACCAAACCUGCACGUCCAGAUCCCAAGGAUAUGGAUGAAGACGAGUUGGAAAUGCUCUCCGAGGCCAGGGCGCGUCUUGCUAAUACACAAGGCAAGAAAGCCAAGCGCAAGGCAAGGGAGAAGCAGCUAGAGGAGGCCAGACGGUUGGCAGCUCUGCAGAAACGAAGGGAGCUGAGAGCUGCCGGCAUUGAGCUUGCGCCUCGGCACAAACGCAAGCGAGGGGUGGACUACAACGCUGAGAUACCGUUUGAGAAGCGACCUGCCGCAGGCUUCUACGAUACCUCUCAAGAGGUCAUUGACCCCCUGGCUCCAGAUUUUGGCCGCCUCAGGCAGCAACAUCUGGACGGAGAACUGAGAAGUGAAAAAGAAGAGAAAGAAAGACGAAAAGACAAACAGAAGCUGAAGCAGAGGAAGGAGAAUGACGUUCCAACGGCAAUGCUACAGAAUCAGGAACCUGCAAAGAAGCGAAGUAAACUAGUACUCCCUGAACCUCAGAUUUCUGAUGCUGAACUACAACAAGUGGUCAAGUUAGGCAGAGCCAGUGAAGCAGCGAGGGAGGCAGCCACUGAGGGAGGUGUACAAGGAGCGUCAGACGCAUUGUUAGCUGACUACUCAGUAGCUCCCAACAUAGCUGGACGCACACCUCGCACACCUGCCCCUACCACUGACAGAGUACUGCAGGAAGCACAAAAUAUGAUGGCCUUGAGUCACGUGGAUACACCACUCAAGGGAGGUCUGAACACUCCUUUGCACAACUCAGACUUCAGUGGCGUAACACCACAGCGAGAGGCUAUCUCCACGCCCAAUACUGUUCUGACUACCCCGUACUCACUGCGGGCUAUUACUGAUGGUAGCACGCCUGGUUUCCAGACCCCCAGGACAGGCAGUGCAAUGGCUACUCCAACCCCACUGAGAGACAAACUCAGUAUCAACCCUGAGGAGCAACUGGAUGUACCUGACACUCCUGCAGCAAUGCGCAACUACCAGCACCUGGUAAAGGAGCAGCUAAGGGUAGGACUGAGCACUUUGCCAGUGCCUAGGAAUGACUAUGAGAUUGUAGUGCCAGAGGAUGACAUGGACACUGAUGCUAAGCCUCAGAGUAGCCAACUCUCUAUUGAGGACCAGGCGGAUGUUGAUCUAAGAGCACUACAGACUCUCCAAGCUCAGAAAGAAGAAGAGCUACGAAGGAGAUCACAAGUUAUCCAACGUAGUCUACCCAGGCCAUCAGAGAUAAAUAUUGUGCUUCGUCCUCCCAACACUGAUCCUCCCCUCACAGAACUACAGAAGGCUGAAGAGCUAAUCAAGCAAGAGAUGAUCACGAUGCUGCAUUACGAUGCUCUACACAACCCCACAGAUGUGAAGAAACAGGCUAGUGUGGUAGGCCAGGCUCAGCACAUGGCUUACCUGGAGCAGAGGCCAUACCAAGUGUACACUCCUGAGGAUAUGGCCAAGGCUGAAGAACUGCUGAAGAAGGAGAUGGAUGUGGUAAAGCAAGGAAUGGGCCAUGGGGAUCUCUCCUUAGAGUCGUUCACACAAGUAUGGGAAGAAUGUUUGAGUCAAGUAUUGUUUCUUGCAAAUCAAAACAGGUACACCAGAGCUAAUCUGGCUAGUAAGAAAGAUAGAUUGGAGUCCUUAGAAAAGCGAUUAGAGCAAAAUAGAACUCACAUGACAAAAGAAGCUAAAAGAGCAGCAAAAAUGGAACGGAAAAUCAAAAUCAUAACAGGAGGUUAUCAGACGAGAGCGGCAGCAGUGAUCAAGCAGCUGCAGGACUUACAUGACCAGAUAGAGCAAGCCUGCAUGGAGCUGUCCACAUUUAAGUUCCUCAAGGAGCAGGAGGAGGCGGCCAUACCUCGCAGAAUUGAGUCUCUCACUGAUGAUGUUAGUCGGCAAAUGGAACGAGAAAGAACUCUUCAGAAAAAGUAUGGCGAGUUGCAGGAGCUAUUGGAGGAACUGAAGCUAAAAGAUGAAGGAAGCAAACAAGUUUAACUACUCCUUUACUGUGCUAUUUAUCUUUAGUACACACAUUUCCUAACAGUUUUUAUGUGUGAUUUGAUGUUUCUGAGCUAUUUAGUUGUGAUCUUCUCCUAAAGGGUGAUCAACUGUAAUGCCCUUUCUAUAUAUUAUUUUAGUUUAAAAUUUCUUUAGUUAGUAAUAUAAUAUUCAUUACAUAGUCUAUUAAAAAAAUAUAAAAAACAUUACUUGCUUAUUUUUUCAUAGCUUUUUCUUGUAAAAAAAUAACUCACCUCUUCAAAUUCUGUGCUAGAUCGUGGAUCAUACUUUUAAUUACCUUUAACAUAUUAUAGUAUAGGGGGAGAGAGUAAAAAUUAUUUUUCCUACA